AUGUCGAGCGUGAAGCCGGUAUCAAUGCCGGGUUCGAUGUCUCUCUCGGACCGGGAACCACCCCCGGGUCACGGGCAUCAAGGAGCCACCGGCUCCGUUACCGGUGAAAGGAUGGUGACGGGCUCUGGCUCAAUGGUUCUGCCGGCUGGAAUGAUCAACCCGUCGGUUCCGAUCCGGAAUAUCAAGAUGAAAUUCGCCGUGCUUAUCGGUCUGAUCCAGGUCGGGGAGGUUAGCAACAGAGACAUUGUAGAGACGGUCCUCAAUCUGCUGGUGGGCGGUGAGUUUGACCUGGAGACCAACUUCAUCAUCCAGGACGCGGAGAGCAUCGGCUGCAUGGUGGAGCUGCUGGAGCACUGUCAGGAGACGUGCCAGGCGGAGAUCUGGAGCAUGUUCACCGCCAUCCUGCGCAAGAGCGUGCGCAACCUGCAGACCAGCACCGAGGUGGGCCUCAUCCAGCAGGUGCUGCUCAAGAUGAGCGCCGUCGACGACAUGAUCGCAGAUCUGCUGGUGGACAUGCUGGGAGUGCUGGCCAGCUACAGCAUCACAGUGAGAGAGCUAAAGCUGCUGUUCAGCAUGCUGCGCGGAGAGGGAGGCCUCUGGCCCCAGCAUGCCAUCAAGCUUCUGUCAGUGCUGAAUCAGAUGCCCCAGCGGCACGGUCCAGAUGCCUUCUUUAACUUCCCGGGACGAAGCGCUGCCGCAAUCGCUUUACCUCCUAUUGCUAAGUGGCCUUAUCAGAAUGGGUUCACUCUCAACACCUGGUUUCGCAUGGACCCCCUUAACAACAUCAACGUUGAUAAAGACAAACCCUAUCUUUACUGCUUCCGCACCAGCAAAGGCAUCGGCUACUCGGCUCACUUUGUGGGCAACUGCCUGAUCGUGACGUCCCUCAAGUCCAAAGGCAAGGGGUUCCAGCACUGCGUGAAGUACGACUUUCAGCCUCGCAAGUGGUACAUGGUGAGCAUCGUCCACAUCUAUAACCGCUGGCGCAACAGCGAGAUCCGUUGCUACGUCAACGGGCAGCUCGUCUCCUACGGCGACAUGGCCUGGCACGUCAACACCAACGAUAGCUAUGACAAGUGCUUCCUUGGUUCGUCCGAAACAGCGGAUGCCAACCGGGUGUUCUGUGGGCAGCUUGGAGCCAUCUAUGUGUUCAGCGAAGCUCUUAACCCAUCUCAGAUCUUCGCCAUUCAUCAGCUAGGUGCUGGAUAUAAGAGCACCUUCAAGUUUAAAUCGGAGAGUGACAUCCACCUGGCGGAGCACCACAAGCAGGUGCUGUACGACGGGAAGCUGGCCAGCAGCAUCUCCUUCACCUACAACGCCAAGGCCACCGACGCCCAGCUGUGCCUGGAGUCCUCGCCGCGGGAGAACCCCUCCAUCUUCGUGCACUCGCCCCACGCCCUCAUGCUGCAGGACGUGAAGGCCAUCGUGACCCACUCCAUCCACAGUGCCAUCCACUCCAUCGGGGGCAUCCAGGUGCUCUUCCCGCUCUUCUCCCAGCUGGACUACCACCAGCAGCACAGCGACAGCCAGGUGGACUCCACCGUCUGUGCCACCCUGCUGGCGUUCCUGGUGGAGCUGCUGAAGAGCUCCGUGGCCAUGCAGGAGCAGAUGCUGGGGGGGAAGGGCUUCCUGGUCAUCGGCUACCUGCUGGAGAAGUCCUCUCGCCUGCACAUCACCAGAGCGGUGCUGGAGCAGUUCCUGUCCUUCGCCAAGUACCUGGACGGCCUGGCCCAUGGGGCGCCCCUGCUCAAGCAGCUGUGUGACCACAUCCUCUUCAACUCGGCCAUCUGGAUACACACGCCGGCCAAGGUGCAGCUGUCUCUGUACACGUACCUGUCGUCAGAGUUCAUCGGCACGGCAACCAUCUACACCACCAUCCGGCGUGUGGGCACGGUGCUGCAGCUCAUGCACACGCUCAAGUACUACUACUGGGCCAGCAACCCCACCCACUCCAGCGGCAUCACCCCCAAAGGACUGGAUGGACCUCGGCCCUCACAAAAGGAGAUCAUAUCUCUGCGUGCGUUCAUGCUGUUGUUCCUCAAGCAGCUUAUCCUGAAGGACCGUGGGGUGAAGGAAGAUGAACUGCAGAGCAUCCUGAACUACCUGCUCACCAUGAACGAGGAUGAGAACAUCCACGACGUGCUGCAGCUCCUCGUGGCUCUGAUGUCCGAGCACCCGGCCUCUAUGAUCCCAGCCUUCGACCAGAGGAACGGCAUACGGGUCAUCUACAAGCUGCUGGCCUCCAAGAGCGAGGGCAUCCGGGUCCAGGCCCUCAAGGUCCUCGGCUACUUCCUGAAACACCUGGGCCACAAGAGGAAGGUGGAGAUCAUGCACACACACAGCCUCUUCACGUUGCUCGGAGAGAGGCUCAUGUUACACACCAACACCAUCACUGUGACGAUCUAUAACACCCUCUACGAGAUUCUGACAGAACAGGUGUGCACACAGGUAGUGCACAAGCCGCACCCUGACCCCGACUCCACAGUGAAGAUCCAGAACCCAAUGAUCCUGAAGGUGGUGGCUACGCUGCUGAAGAACUCCACCCCCAGCUCUGAGCUGAUGGAAGUGAGGCGGCUCUUCCUCUCCGACAUGAUCAAGCUCUUCAGCAACAGCCGCGAGAACAGGCGGUGCCUGUUGCAGUGUUCCGUGUGGCAGGACUGGAUGUUCUCCCUGGGUUACAUCAACCCCAAGACCUCCGAGGAGCAGAAGAUCAUGGAGAUGGUCUACAACAUCUUCCGCAUCCUCCUCUACCACGCCAUCAAGUACGAGUGGGGCGGCUGGCGCGUCUGGGUGGACACCCUCUCCAUUGCUCACUCCAAGGUGACCUACGAGGCCCAUAAGGAGUACCUGGCCAAGAUGUACGAGGAGUACCAGCGGCAGGAGGAGGAGAACAUCAAGAAGGGCCGCAAGGGGCUGGUCAGCACCAUCUCGGGCCUGUCCUCCGUGCCGACGGGCAUCAAAGGGGCCGCCUCGCUGGAGCUGGACGACACCUCGCAGACGCAGACCCCCGAGAGCGAGGCCGACUAUCCCGAGGGGGCCGAGGCGUCCCGGAACCCCCUGGCCGAGGGGAAGGACGGGGAGGAUGGGAUGGGGGAGGAGGGCGGUGCGGGAGGAGCGGUCGCGAGAGAGGGGGCGGCGGCGGCGGGGGUGCGGGUGGAGGUGCACGACCUGCUGGUGGACAUCAAGGCGGAGAAGGUGGAGGCCACGGAGGUGAAGCUGGAGGACAUGGACCUGUCGCCCGAGAGCACGCCGGCCGUCACCGCCGCCGGGGUGGACGCGCUGCUGGGCAACGCCUACUCGGCCGCCGUGGAGAAGCUCGGCGUGGGCGGCGUGCUGGUGCCCGAGGUGGGCGGCGGCGGCGCCAGGCCAGCGGAUGCCAACCUCGAAGGGAAGAACGCCGGCGGCGGCGGGCCUCUCAUCACCCUCGCCGACGACGGCAAAGACGGACUGGCGAAAGGCGCGACCCUUGCGGCCACCGCCGCCGUCGUCGCCCCCGCCUCGGCGUCUGGCAGCGGCUUCCUGUUCGGGGAGGUUGGCGCCUCGGGCGCGGACUCUAAGCUGCUGCCCGAGCUGGGCCCGCGGGAGCCGCGGGUGUGGACGGGCGCCAGCGACGACCGCGGCCUUCUGGCGCACAUGACGGGCGGCGGCGGGGGGAGCGCCGAGCUGGGCACCGCCCGCUGCGCCCUGGAGGAAGAGGCCGAGGAGGCCGAGUUCAAACUGGCGUCGUCGCUGACAGAUCCAAGUCCCGCCGCCGACAGAGACGCCAGCAUCGCCGGCAGGGGCGCCGCAGGGUUCGGCGAAGUCGCCGCGGAGACGGAGGGCGACGCGGCCGCCAAGGGGGCGGGGAGCUCGGCAGACGCUGGGAGCACAGCCUCGGACACGGAGAGGUCCGACGACGGCAAGGACAAGGAGGCCAAGAAGAUCCAGACCACCACCACCACACAGACCCUGCACGGCGGUCGCUCCGUGGUCCAGCUGGAGCGGGACCUGCGGGUGGACCUGGGCUUCCGCGGGAUGCCCAUGACGGAGGAGCAGCGGCGGCAGUUCAGCCCGGGCCCGCGCACCACCAUGUUCCGCAUCCCCGAGUUCAAGUGGUCGCCCAUGCACCAGCGCCUGCUCACCGACCUGCUCUUCGCGCUCGAGACCGACGUGCACGUCUGGAGGAGCCACUCCACCAAAUCGGUCAUGGACUUUGUGAACAGCAACGAGAACAUCAUCUUUGUGCACAACACCAUCCACCUGAUUUCUCAGAUGGUGGACAACAUCAUUAUUGCGUGUGGGGGGAUCCUGCCUCUGCUCUCGGCCGCCACCUCACCCUCUAGUACCAAGACGGAGCUGGAGAGCGUGGAGGUCACCCAGGGCAUGUCCGCUGAGACGGCCAACACCUUCCUCAGCCGCCUCAUGGCCAUGGUGGACGUGCUGGUGUUCGCCAGCUCGCUCAACUUCAGCGAGAUCGAGGCCGAGAAGAACAUGUCCUCGGGAGGCCUCAUGCGCCAGUGUCUCAGGCUGGUGUGUUGUGUGGCUGUGAGGAACUGUUUGGAAUGCAGACAGAGACAGAGGGACCGAGGCAGCAAAGCCUCCAUACUCAACAGCAAGUCUCAGGACAGCCUACACAGUAUAGCCUCUGCCAGCAAGGAUCCGGACCGACUCCUGCAGGACGUGGACAUCAACAGGCUGCGCGCCGUCGUCUUUCGGGACGUGGAUGACAGUAAGCAGGCCCAGUUCCUGGCCCUGGCUGUGGUGUACUUCAUCUCUGUCCUCAUGGUCUCCAAGUACCGGGACAUCCUGGAGCCCCAGAGGGAGACUGCCAGGGCUAUGAGCCAAUCGGGGAGGAGCAUACGACAGGAGAUCAACUCUCCCACCAGCACAGAUAACCCAGUGGCCUUCCCAGACUCUGGGAUGCUGAAGGAGACGCCCACCCCCGUGGAGGAGCUCCACCUCGAGGCCUCCCUCCCGCACACCGACUCGGGCAUCGGCGAGGAGCAGGUCUCCGGCGUCCUGAACGGGGCCGAGCUCGACGGGCCGCCGUCGUCCUCCAUGGGCGGCCGCACCCCGACCCCGCCGGGCGCCAUGAUGAGCGAGCUCCUGUGCACGCUCUCCUCGGAGGUCAAGCGGUCGCAGGAGAGCCUGCUGUCGGAGCCCUCGGCGUCCGGCAGCGGCCACGUCAGCCGCGUGGAGGUGCUCAAGCCGGCCUCGUCCAUCUCCAGCAUCAGCCAGUCCAAGGGCAUCAACGUCAAGGAGAUCCUCAAGAGCCUGGUGGCGGCGCCCAUGGAGGGCGCGGAGGCCGGCCCCGAGCCCCUGCCCUACCCCGACCCCGCCAUCAACCGGGAGGCCCACGCCAUGCUGCCCAUGCAGUUCCACUCCUUCGACAGGAGCGUGGUGGUGCCGGUGAAGAAGCCUCCUCCGGGCAGUCUGGCGGUCAACACGGUGGGCUCCGGCUCCAGGGAGGGCUUGGCUGCAGGGAGCACGCCCAACAUCUUCGCUGCCGCCUCGGCCACCCCGAAGAGUAUGAUCAACACCACAGGUGCGACAGAAGCAGCGGCCCCCUCCUCCACCACCAACUCCUCCACCUCGUCCAGCUUUGUGAACGGAGCCACCAGUAAGAACCUGCCGGCUGUGCAGACCGUAGCCCCGAUGCCUGAGGACACCAUGGAGAACAUGAGCAUCACCACUAAGCUGGAGCGUGCUCUGGAGAAGGUGGCCCCCCUGUUGAGGGAGAUCUUUGUGGACUUUGCUCCGUUCCUCUCGCGCACUCUGCUCGGCAGCCACGGCCAGGAGCUGCUCAUAGAAGGUCUGGUGUGUAUGAAGUCCAGUACCUCAGUGGUGGAGCUGGUCAUGCUCCUCUGCUCUCAGGAAUGGCAGAACUCCAUCCAAAAGAAUGCGGGUUUGGCUUUCAUCGAACUUAUCAACGAGGGGAGACUGCUGUGCCAUGCCAUGAAGGACCACAUUGUACGUGUGGCCAACGAAGCAGAGUUCAUCCUCAACAGGCAGAGAGCCGAGGACGUCCACAAGCACGCCGAGUUUGAGUCAAAUUGUGCCCAGUAUGCUGCUGACAGGAAGGACGAGGAGAAGAUGUGUGACCACCUGAUUGGUGCCGCCAAGCACCGCGAUCACGUCACAGCCAAUCAGCUCAAGCAGAAGAUCCUCAACAUCCUGACCAACAAGCACGGAGCCUGGGGCACCCUCGCUCAGAGUCAGCUGCAUGACUUCUGGCGUCUGGAUUACUGGGAGGAUGACCUGCGUAGGAGGCGGAGGUUCGUGCGCAAUGCCUUCGGCUCCACCCAUCUGGACAUCACUUGCAAAUCGCUGGAGGACUACGGCUCGGAGGAGGAGGAGGACGAGGGGGUGAAGGCCAAGAAGGGCUUCCGCAGCCAAGCCGUGGUGAGCCAGAGCCAAGAGACGGAGCUCAUGCUAGAGGGAGACGACGAUGCCGUCAGCCUCCUGCAGGAGAAGGAGAUCGACAACCUGGCAGGCCCUGUGGUCCUCAGCACCCCUGCUCAACUCGUUGCCCCGGUGAUAGUGGCUCGAGGGACGCUGUCCAUCACCACCACUGAGAUCUAUUUUGAAGUCGACGAGGAUGACACCGCCUUCAAACGGAUCGACUCCAAAGUGCUGGCCUACUCAGAGGGGCUGCACGGCAAAUGGAUGUUCAGCGAGAUCCGCGCCGUCUUCUCCCGCCGCUACCUGCUCCAGAACACGGCCAUGGAGGUCUUCAUGGCCAACAGAACAUCGGUCAUGUUCAACUUCCCCGACCAGGCCACCGUAAAGAAGGUUGUGUACAGUUUACCUCGUGUCGGCGUGGGAACCAGCUAUGGCCUGCCACAAGCAAGGCGGAUCUCAUUAGCCACUCCUCGGCAGCUCUUCAAGUCGUCCAAUAUGACGCAGCGUUGGCAGCGCAGGGAGAUCUCCAACUUCGAGUACCUGAUGUUCCUCAAUACCAUUGCUGGGAGGACGUACAAUGACUUAAACCAGUACCCUGUGUUCCCCUGGGUCCUCACUAACUAUGAGUCUGAGGAACUGGAUCUCACUCUUCCUGGAAACUUCAGGGAUCUGUCAAAGCCGAUUGGGGCCCUGAACCCGAAGCGGGCGGUGUUCUACGCUGACCGCUAUGAGACGUGGGAGGAGGAGCAGAUGCCGCCAUGCCACUACAACUCCCAUUACUCCACCUCUACGUCUACUCUCUACUGGCUCGUUAGGAUAGAGCCCUUCACCACGUUCUUCCUCAAUGCCAAUGGCAACAAGUUUGACCACCCAGACCGCACCUUCUCCUCAAUCGCCCGCUCAUGGAGGAACUGCCAGCGUGACACCUCUGACGUCAAGGAACUGAUCCCAGAGUUCUACUACCUCCCGGAGAUGUUUGUGAACAGUAACGGCUACCACCUGGGUGAGCGGCAGGACGGGGCGGCCGUGUGUGACGUGGAGCUGCCCCCCUGGGCCAAGAAGCCCGAGGACUUCGUCCGCAUCAGCCGGAUGGCGCUGGAGAGCGAGUUUGUGUCGUGUCAGCUGCACCAGUGGAUUGACCUUAUUUUCGGCUACAAGCAGCGGGGCCCGGAGGCGGUGCGCGCCCUCAACGUCUUUCACUACGUGACCUACGAGGGCUCCGUCAACCUGGACAGCAUCGCCGACCCCCUGCUCCGAGAGGCGAUGGAGGCUCAGAUCCAGGGUUUUGGACAGACACCAUCUCAGUUGCUUAUUGAGCCACAUCCUCCUCGCAGCUCCGCCAUGCACCUGUGUUUCCUUCCCCAGAGUCCGCUGAUGUUUAAGGACCAGAUGCAGCAGGACGUCAUCAUGGUGCUCAAGUUCCCGUCCAACUCGCCCGUCACGCACGUGGCCGCCAACACGCUGCCGCACCUCGCCAUCCCCGCCGCCGUCACCGUCACCUGCAGCCGCCUGUUCGCCGUCAACCGCUGGCACAACACCGUGGGUCUUCGAGGAGCACCUGGCUACUCCCUUGAGCAAGCCCAUCAUCUCCCCAUAGAGAUGGACUCUCUGAUCGCCAACAACUCGGGAGUGAACAAAAGGCAGAUCACUGACCUGGUGGACCAGAGCAUUCAGAUCAACUCCCACUGUUUUGUGGUGACCGCCGACAACCGCUACAUCCUGGUGUGCGGAUUCUGGGACAAGAGCUUCCGGGUCUACUCGUCUGAGACAGGCAAGCUCACCCAGAUCGUGUUCGGCCACUGGGACGUGGUGACGUGUGACUACCCGGCUCCCCGGGCAGUUCUGACGGGUCACGACCACGAGGUGGUGUGUGUGUCUGUGUGUGCUGAACUGGGCCUCGUCAUCAGCGGAGCCAGGGAGGGUCCGUGCCUGGUGCACACCAUCACUGGGGACCUGCUGCGGGCGCUGGAGGGGACGGAGCUCUGCGCUCUGCCGCGCCUCAUCUCCGUGUCCAGCGAGGGCCACUGCAUCAUCUACUACGAGCGCGGACGCUUCUGCAACUUCAGCAUCAACGGCAAACUGCUGGCCCAGAUGGACCUCAACGACUCCACGCGGGCCAUCCUCCUGAGCAGUGACGGCCAGAACCUGGUGACGGGUGGAGACAACGGCGUGGUGGAGGUGUGGCAGGCCUGCGACUUCAAGCAGCUCUACAUCUACCCCGGCUGCGACGCCGGCAUCCGCGCCAUGGACCUGUCGCACGACCAGAGGACUUUAAUCACUGGCAUGGCGUCUGGUAGCAUCGUGGCGUUCAACAUCGACUUCAACCGCUGGCACUACGAGCACCAGAACCGCUACUGAGAGAUGAGGAGAGGGACUGCCCAGGACAGGAGGGGG